AUGAGCUAAAGUAGCAUAGAUUUCAAGGAAUAUCAGGUUUUUGAAGAGCAUCUAUUUGAAGAAAUAGAGCUCGAAAGCAUAGUAAAAUUGCAGUUCAAUGAGGAAACAUUAAAAAAGAACUUUGAAGUACUCAUAAAAAUCUUAAAAGACUUAAAAAUUGGAGUUGCUAAAUCAAAUUAAAGAUCUGCCUAAAAUGAGAAAGAAAUUAAAGAACUUCAAAAAGAUAAUUAACAAUUAAAAAAAGAUGUUGAUGGAUUAAAAGACUAAAAUUAAAAUUUAUUAGAUGAAAUACAAAAAUUAAAAGAAAAAGAUGAGCUAUAGUAAUAGGAAAUAAAUCAGCUAAAGGAUGAAAAUAAAGCAAAUCAAGAGAAAAUAGAAUAAUAACAGAAGACAAUUGAUGAACUCUCUAAAGAUAAUUAAAAGAAUAAAGAAGAUAUUGCAUAUUUGAUGGAUGAAUUAAAAAAGCUUAAAAGCGAAAUUGAUUCUAUCAAGCUUCAAAUGAGCUUGCUAAGUGGUAAUGGAAUAGACCAGGAUGCAUUAUCUAAGCUUCUGAAAGAAAUUUAAAAGAUCAAAGAUGAAUACGUAACUAAAAUAGAAUAUAGAUAAUAAGUCACAAUAUUUUAAGAAGAUAUUGAAUGGAUUAAAGAAGAAUUGGAAAAACUUAGAAAGCAACUAGAGUAAUUAAAAAACGAAAUGGCUGAACUCUAGGGAGUUAAAGAUUUAAGUAACUUAAAAGACUAAAUUUCUUCUAUACUUAACAGAUUAAAAGUGAUAGAAGCCUCUCUUAAAGAUAAAGUUGAUUAUGAAAUAUUUGAACAACAAAUAAAUUAUCUCAAACAGUUAAUUUCUAGUUUAGGUGGAAAAGAAAUAACAUAACAAAUAAUUCAACCAGGACUUUCAGCCAAAGAAGCUGCCUUGUUAAAAGAACUUGAUAAGAGAGUUUCAGAUUUGGAAGAUGCUAUCAGAGAGCUCAGAAGAGAUCUAAAAGAGCACAAAAAUGAUUAUGCUGAUUAUACUUAAAAAACGAAUGGUAGACUUGAUAAAAUCGAAGAUUUACUUUCAUAACUUUAAAAAUAAAUUGCUCUAAUGAAAUAACUUAAGGAUUAAUUAGAUAAACUUACUUCAGCACACUAGGAAACAAAUAACAUUGCACUUACCAAUUAGUAAAAGAUUAAAGAACUUUAGAAAUUGCUUGAUCAAUUAUAUUAGCUUUUCAGAGAAAAUAAACCUGAAGUUACACUAAAUUAAGGUGGUGGUAUUUCUGAAGAGUAUUUAGAAUCAAGAUUAAAUUAGUUAAGAGAUGAGCUUUUAAGACUUAUAAAAGACUUAAGAGAUUAAUUAAAUGAUAAAGUCAGCUUUUCAGAUCUCUAUAAAUCUGAAGCUCUAAUAAUGAGUAAGCUUGACUAAGUAGCAGAAGCCAUUCUCAAAAAAUGUGCUGAUAAAUCUGAAACUAAAAAAGCUCUAAUAUAUUUAGAGAAAAAAAUUAAUUAGCUGUUUUUCCUUCUGCAAGAAUUAAAAGGCAACGGAAAUGGUAAAGAUAAACCCAGAGAAGAAGAUGCUCUUUUGGCUAGAAAACAAUUAUGGAGCUGUGUUUCUUGCGAUAAAGCUCUUGAUGAAUACAAUGGAAGAUUAGGAGAUCAUAAAUAUUGGGGACAAUUUCCUCCUAAAGAAACAACUCCAGAGAGACUUGGAAAGUUUGGCAAAUAAUUUAGAUUUAUGUAAGAGAAAUAACUAAUGAGAGAAAAAUAAUUCGAAAAACAGAAACUCGCUUAAAGUACUCACCACUUUUAAUAGAGGUUUAAAAACUUGCCAGGAUAGUAAUUUGAAGAAGGUGAGUUACCUUAAAUUAAUGCAAAAGCUACUUAUUGA